AUGGUAGAAUCACCAAUUCUUCAAAAAGAUCCUAAUGAACAGCUGUUGCUACAAAGCCAAAAGCCACUUGGUCAACCACAACAGCAACCUUACAAUGCCAUGCAAAUGGAACUCACUCCACAACAGCAAACUCUGGAAAGUGUUGAUAGACAAAUGACUCAAGCAUUUGGUCAACCAUUGCCCCAACAGCAACCCAUCCAAUUUCAACAGCAACAACCAUUAACCAGUAGUAGUGGUACCUUGCCAACUGCUAGCAAUUUGGAAAGAAGAGAAGAACCUGAAAAACUUAUUCAACCUUCUGAAGAAUUAAUGGAAGAGAAACAAGGUGGUAGUGCUCUUGGUGUUAGCAACAUUUCUGGUUCUAGUAGUGGAGCUACUCAACAAAUGUCCAUUUCUCCUUCGGUAGAAAAGUCAACCUUGCCACCCUUACCAACUAGUACCUUGCCUCAAUCUGAACCAUUUAGCCAGGAACAACAUAUGGUUAGUCAUGAUGUGAAAACACCUCACAUUCGUGAGUACCCAUGUAUGAAAGCAGUUGUUACUUGUAACUAUCAACAAGAUGAACCAGAACACAUGCUUGUUUAUGUUGACAAGUAUCCAAGACCUAUUCGUAUGAAAUCUGAUGAAAUUCUUGUCAGAAUGAAAUGUGCUAGUGUCAAUGAUUUGGAUUACAAAAUCUGUCAAGGUAAAAUUCCAGUUGAAAUUCAAACUACUCCAAUUCAUUAUCCGCUCAUUGUUGGCGCAGAUGGAUGUGGUAUAAUUGAGAAAUUAGGUGGAGAUCCAACUAAUCUCAGAGUAGGUGAUUGUGUCUUUGGUUUCACCAAUCAAUUGGGUACAUUUGGUGAGUUUGCUAUCUUUAAGGAGAGAGAAGUCAUGAUGAAACCUGACUGGUUGAGUAUGGAAAUGGCCAGCUGCAUUCCAUUCAGUGCUCUUGCUGCAAUGAAUUGUUUCCUUCUUGUUGAUAAGAAGAGAAAGAAGAAACAUGGUUUAUUGGGUCCUUCCUUGUCAGUAAUGAAUAGAAUUAGCAAAUCACCUCGCUCAGUUGGUCAAUCAUCAAGCGUAGAAGAAUCCUUUGAGAAAAAGGUCAUUGAAAGCUCACAAUCUCAUCAGAAACUAACUCAUGAAAAUGAACCAAUUAACCUUGAAGUUGUCAACCAACUGUUAAAUGGUGACAAAUCUGGUUCCAUUCUCAUCCAAGGAGGUGAUACUUAUAUUGGCUCUUGGUGUAUCUUACUAGCACGUUACUAUUUUGGAGCUCAACGUAUCUAUACAACCAUCAGUACAAUGGACAAUGAAGAAUAUGUUAGAAAGAUGGGUGCUGAUGUCAUUCUCAAUUCACACGAUGCCAAAUAUGAAGAAACCAUUGAAAAAGAUUUGUUGCAAUAUUGGGAAACAUUUUGUUGUGAAUUGGAUCCUCACAAGAAUCAACAAACAAUGCAACCUCCAGCAACCUCUACAUUGAAUACAAGUACUGGUAGUGAAACUGUAACCCAACAAAUGCAACCAACUUCAAUGGUCAAUCCACAUCAAAUGCAAACUACCCAACAAACCAUGCCUAGCUCAAACAUGCAACAAACUUCAUACACAACCACUACAGAGACAGUUCAAGAACAAGUGGGUUUUCCUUCUUCUUCUCAACAAACUCAUACAGUUCCAAGUCAAAUGGAGUACAAGCCAAGUAUGAUGCAUCAAACAGAACCUUCCAAUGUUUCCAUGUCUCCUCAACAACCAUCUCCAACUCAUACUCCACUCACUCAAUGGCCACAUCCUGCCUUUAAAUCAAAGAAGGAAAUGGAGAAGUGUAAGCUCUUGAUUUCAACACUCCAAUUAUCAAUUGACACAGUUGGUGGUUAUGAUAAUAUGCAAAAGUCAUUCAAUUUGUUGAAUGGAAGUACCAGUCAUUACAUUACUACCAAUCCACCAAUUGAGUUGGAACAAAAGAAGGUCAGUGGAAAGGAUGUUUGGAAAUUGGUAAGUAUGGCAGCUGCAAACAGAUUGAAGAGUUUCUUUGCUAAUUAUCCACAUUUCCACCUCUUGCCUGCUGUUCAAUGUGAGAGAGAAUUGAUGGUAGAGUUGAUGAAAUGGUUUGAACAAAUGGAUAGAGAUUGGAUCCACAAGUUACUUCCAUUCAAGACUUAUCCAAUGACUGAAGCUGCUCGUGCUAUGGCAGAUUGUAAAAAGAAUCCUUUCAAAUUAGUGAUUAACGUAUCCAAUGAAUAA